AUGCAGGACAAUAAUAUGGAGCAUAUAUCAAACCCACAGUCCUUUGCGAUCACUUGGUGGUCUGAAAUUAAACAGCUUUCUCUCGCUGAGGCAUCCCGAUGCCUCGAUGAUCCUGACUCGUUUCUCGCGUUAAGCAACAAAUUGCCGUCAAAGCAAAGCGCAUACAUCAAGAUUGUACUGGAAGUCGCGCUCCUCAUUCGUCGUUAUUCGAGACAGCAACGCUCGAGUGAUAUUGUACGCGCUUCCAACCUUGUACUGCAGUCGGUCGAUCUCUCCAACGAACCAGAACAUUCAUUCUUCUUCCACCUCUUGGCGACUCGAUCUGUGGAACUGUUCGAAAGAACAACCGAAAUACGAUUCCUCAAUCAAGCCAUAGACCUCCUGGAACAAGCAUCGGCAGUCGACAAGGAUGGAUCCCAUUGUCAAAUGCUCACUUCCAUCGAGUUCGCCUGUGCUUGCCUUCAAUGCUACCUCUCAGAGAAUCACACUCCAGCUCUCGAGUUCGCCCUGCAAAUUAUCCUUGGCGCCAACGAAAGCAUCUUUGUCGGCGAUUGGACAUCUAGCUUCGGGAAAACAAGGACUAUGUUCAUCGUCGCAGAUAUAAUCCGUAUCCGCUAUGAUGACCUAGGACCCAAACCCGAUGAUAUAUCUCGGACCGUUCAGGUUGUUGCAUCCAUACUGAACUCCAUUAAUUCGCCUGUAGAUUCCCAAUACACGGCAUUUCAGAUCCUCGUCAUCACCGUCUUGUUUAUCCUCUCUCAAACCCUGCAACCGGACAACUGGUUCGACACCCUAUUCACUCUUCGUUCCGCCGUAAUCGAAGACUCACCAUUGACCUCUCCUUCGACUGAUGCUAACCGUGCUCUCUCUCUCGCGCUCGAUCACUGCAUCCUAUCGACCAGUGCGAAAGCAUUGUGCUUGAUUCAUAUGGCAGAUACAUUCGACCGCCGAGGAACCAUUACCACUGCUCGUGGCGAUCCGUGCGUUGACGAUUAUCGUGCAUGGAGCGAAGAAUGGGAAUUGGGUGUUUCCCUCCUUCGGUCCAGGACCUUUUCCUCGACUUCCUCGACGCCUUUUCGAGGCGAAGAUCACCCUUUCCGUUCUUUUCAGCUUUUCACACUCGAAGCGGAGGUUGUGCAUCGACCAGCACUUGCACCUUCAAGAUUAGGGCGUCCUAAAGACCCAAUUGGAACGCAUGUAUGCACAUUCAAAGUUUCUCCCAUCCGUGGGGAUAGAGUUUCACAAAAUGAUCUCCAAGGACACGAUCUCUUUUAUCACCACUUGAAGAAUCUUAUAAAGCCGCUGGCGAUAGAUGAACUCGAUUAUCUCAUCGACAAUCCCGACGCGAUCAAGGAUCUUCUCACUCAGUCCGACUUUUUAAAAUCUUCGGACAAUGAAACGACCUAUUGGAAGAAAUCGCCGGCCAUUCAUGCAUACAUAAUCAUGAAAAGAGAUACAGGACAUUUUCGCCAUCUCAAACAAGCUAGUCAGCUCAUGCUCAGAGUCAAACUCCAUAGAGAGCCUGCUUAUGCCCAUUUAUUACUCAGUCUUGCAUCCGAUCUGCGGACAUCUGAAGACCGCCUUGAAUUCGUCGGGAAUGCGUCAAGGUUGUUCAAAGAAUUCCUCCAUGCUCAAGAACCUGGUACUCCGAGACACUUACUCGCAGUCAUUGAGCUGACCUCGAGCUACAUUGCCGAGUAUUUGAUGGACCGGGACCGUCGAACGACUCUCUUCGCUCUUGCCCUCGAACUUUUCAGGGAAGCUACUUUGAUCACAGGUUUCGAUCCAUGGAUUGUGGAGGCGAGGAAGCUCAUGAUCCUUGGGCGUAUUUUGCGCCAUCGGUACAGGUUUUUCGAGGAUUCGGACGAGUCCUUGAGAACGACGAUGGCGCUCUUUGGCGACCUUUGGGAUUUGGUCCCCUCAGGGCGUCCGUUCCGCGUUUCCGCUCUUGAAGUCUUGACAGUCUCAAUUUUAAUCUUCCUCGCUCGGACGGUACCCUCAGAUCGAUGGCACGCGGCUCUGCGGCUUCUGAUCCUCGUUUUGGAUCUUCAGGUCUUUGGGACCGCGCCUGGCGAGGAUAGCUUCAAAGAGAUCGAGGACAUCCAAGCAGCUGGUCGAGAUCUUCUUCACCAAGGCAUUUAUCCUGGGAAGUUCUCUUUGCAAUCGGAAGCCAUGUGUAUCAUCCACACCGCGGAUUUGAUUCGCGUCACUGCCGUCGACUGUUCACGCAACCCUGGCAUGCUUCAUCUUGUGUUGCACCCAUACGUUCAGGCACUUCCUAUUAUCCCGGAUGCUAUGGACGCUCGUCAAACCGAAAACGAGCCCCAGUUGCAUUUGUGCGCUCAUUUAGAACAUACAUCAUUGGAGUCUGCGGUGCUUUCGUGCGUUAACAAGGCCACGUCUGGUGUUGGUAUUUCCCAUGAAGACACUGACAUAACGAUCUUCCAUUAUGGCGUUAUUAAGAUCACAUCACAGAUAAACCCGGCUUCUUGCAGCCACUUAUGUCUUCUGAGAUAUUAUCCUACUCGAAUUUGCCGUCUGAACAACGACGGUGAACACGACGAGCCGGAACCCACCUCUUCAUCCCUCCGUGGUGAAGGUGCAUUGGAAUUUGACGAUCUCACACCAUGGCCGGAGGAUCUUCUAUCUCGAUCUCCCAACGCCUUUCUACCCGACAUCCUACAGAAUAUCCCUAGCACCGUCAUACCAGGCAUGCACGAGAUGACCCUGGACCAAACCCAACAACUCUUCGACAUGCCACUGGAAGCACGCACCCUUAAAGCCUUUAUGGAUGACGCCAAUUUCGAGAUUCGAAUCGCUGAAGGGCGUGAAUCACGUAUCUCUGAAGGCAUCGUACGUCAAAUCGACAAGCGUGUUUAUUUCGACCCCCAGGACAUCCAGUUAGAAAAGAGGAUGAGCUUUCUCAAGUCGCAGACACCCUAUUUCUCCCGUUUGGCGCCGCUUCAAGCCUUACUCUCGCGCGGUCCGGAGAGGUGCCUUGAGCUCAUUGAAGCCUCUCGCUCCUUCUUCUGGGGGCGAUUACUGAGGUUGCGAACCUCUUUUGAUGGUCUGCCCGACCACCUAGCUGCUCGGCUCAAGGAGGUCGCACAAGAGCUCGAAGAGUGCAGUUCUCAAACUGUGGCAUCAGUGGCGAAGGAAGAAGCACAGAAGCAAUUCGAACUGGAGAGCAUCUUCGCGGCUCUCCUCGCAGAGGCACGGGAAGUACCCGGCUUUGAGGGCCUCUUGAAACCGAAGACUGCUGAAGAACUCCUUCGCGCGGCAACCGAGGGUCCUGUGGUUGUCCUCCUGGGAAUGGAGUCGAUGUACGCAGCACUCGUGGUGCGCACCAAAGGGGCAGAGGCCAUAUUUUUGAAGGGUAUCGUCAAUGGCGUUAUGGAAAGGUUGGUCGUGGGUCUCAAUGGGGCGACAAAAGCCGCGAGAGGCGGAGAGAGGGACGUCGAUACCGACAGAUAUGGUCGACCGAGAAGAGUGGCUACCCCGCCUUACGAAGCGUUGCUCGCCAGUCUUUGGAAGAUGAUAGUGAAACCUAUUUUUGACUUCAUGGGGUUGACUUCGAGCCCGGACUCGACAGUUGAACGCCAACGCCUUUGGUGGUGUCUAACAGGUCGCUUCGCUUUCCUCCCUAUGCAUGCGGCGGGCAUCAACUUUGGCACAGCGGACAUAGAGUGCACUUCAAAAUAUGUCGUCUCGUCCUACACUCCUACCCUAUCAGCACUUAUCUCCGCUCGCGUUCACAAUGCGUCUUCGCCUCCUCUGAUCAAGGACCUAAAAGUGUUGGUCCUCGCCCAGCCAACCACUCAAGGCCAUCAAGACCUCCCCAUGACCUUGCAAGAGCUGGAAUUGGUGGAGAAGGUCAUCCCAACUGGGUCGCUCUUGCGGGUCGGAGAAGGGCGUUUAUCGGAAGCCAACACGAAUCGGACCGUCGGGGAGGCGUUAGAACACUUGACAGAAUCCUCCAUCCUCCAUUUGGCUUGCCAUGGUCAUCAAGACCGCGGCGAUCCUCUAAGCAGUGGAUUUGAGCUUCAAGACGGACGCUUAACGAUUUCUAAGCUCAUCAGUCGCCAGACUCCCCAUGCUGUUCUGGCCUUUCUCAGUGCAUGUGAGAGUGCAUCGAAUGAUUUGGAGAUUCCAGACGAAGCAUUAAAUCUUGCGGCCGCAAUGCUGUAUGCCGGAUUCCGAAGCGUCAUCGGGACAAUGUGGACGAUGAAUGAUGAUGAUGGCCCGCAAGUUGCUCGCAUGAUCUACGAAGAGAUGUUCAAGGAUCCUGACCGAAGCCUUGACCCGAAAAUCAUAGCCUAUGCUUUGGAUUCUGCGGUCAAAAGUCUCCAAGCAAAAGGAACUCAUCCCAGUCGAUGGGCAACUUACAUCCAUGUGGGCAUUUGA